CGUCAUCACGACCUUCUACUAUGGACUUCGCGGCCAAAGUAAGUACUAGUACUAACCCUCUGUACUCGACUCCGUCACGCGGAAAUCGCUCCCUUCUUUCCCAAGCGCACGGCUCUGUACCUUCUCUUCCCGGCCGGUCUCUUCCUCUGAUCCUCGUAUCAUAAUGCGUCUCUCACUCGCUCUCACUGCUACAGGCGCGGUCCUGGCUGCUGCUAAUACUAGUAGUCCCCAUGCCAAGAGAGCUGCCCUUGACGACUGCCUGCAAUCGGCCAAGGUCCCAGUCAGCGCGCGCAACUCGGCCGAAUGGAAGCAGGACGCCCGGCCUUUCAACCAGAGACUACCGUACACGCCUGCUGCCAUCGCAGUUCCGACUACCGUGGAGCACAUCCAAGCCGCGGUCUCCUGUGCCGCCAAGGUGGGCGUCAAGGUCAAUGCAAAGUCUGGCGGCCAUAGUUAUGCGUCGUUCGGCCUGGGCGGCGAGGAUGGCCAUCUUGUGGUCGAGCUGGACCGCAUGUACAACGUCACGCUCGACCCGCAGACGAACAUCGCAACGGUCCAGCCAGGAGCCAGGCUCGGCCAUAUCGCCACGGUGCUGUACCGCGAGGGAAAGAGGGCGUUCAGUCAUGGGACAUGUCCUGGAGUGGGCGUGGGCGGACAUUCGCUUCACGGUGGCUUCGGCUUCAGUUCACACACGCAUGGGCUGGCCGUCGACUGGAUCACCGGCGCAAGCGUAGUGCUUGCCAACGGCAGUCUUGUCACGGCUUCCGAGACGGAGAACGCGGACCUGUUCUGGGCCCUCCGCGGCGCCGGGUCCAACUUCGGCAUCGUUGCGUCCUUCCGGUUCAAGACGUUCGCCGCGCCGGCAAACCUCACCUCGUACCAGAUCAACCUUCCCUGGAGCACCUCCUCGGCCAUCGUGAAAGGCUGGGGCGCCCUGCAGGACUGGCUGUUGAAUGGCAGCAUGCCCGAGGCGAUGAACAUGCGCAUUCUCGGCAACGGCUACCAGACACAGCUGCAAGGCCUCUACCACGGCAACGCAUCCGCUCUGAGGACAGCCGCUGCGCCGCUCCUUACCCUCCUGAACGCGACCCUUUCGAACGUCAGAGAGUAUGAUUGGAUGGGAGCGUUCGGAGAGUACGCCUACUCCAACGACAUUGACAUAACGACGCCCUCGUACAGUGCGGCCGAGACUUUCUACUCCAAGAGCCUAGUCACCUCUGCCCUCCCGCCCACCGUACUCCAAAACGUAGCCGACUACUGGAUCACGACGGCCAAGAAGGUCAGCCGCGCCUGGUACAUCAUCAUCGACCUCUACGGCGGCCCGACCUCGGCCAUCACGAAGGUCGGCCCCGGCGCCACCGCGUACGCAUUCCGCGACCCGACGAAGCACCUCUUCCUGUACGAGCUGUACGACAGGAGCUUCGGGUCGUCCUACCCGGCCGACGGCUUCAGUUUUCUGGAUGGCUGGGUGAAGGCCUUCACGCAGGGGCUGGACGCGACACAGUGGGGGAUGUACAUCAACUAUGCGGACCCGCGCCUGAACCGCUCCGAGGCGCAGCAGGUGUACUACCGCCAGAACCUGGCGAGGCUGAGGAGGAUCAAGCGGCUGGUGGACCCGGAUCAGGUGUUUUAUUACCCGCAGGCCGUGGAGCCGGCGGAAGCUUGAACGUGGCUGCAUGGGUACCU